CUCCAGCGAGUGACGUGGGGUUGUGUCGCCUCGUUCUGUGACUCUCUUCUAUGGACACGGAUCCAUAUAUUCGUACUUCAAUAAUGAACAGAAAAAAGAAAAUAUAUGGUUGUUUGUGCAUCAAUAACUAGUGCAAACCUGUAAGAGCAAGACACCAAGUGUGAUUUAUAUACUAAAAAAUGUGGACUAUUAUCUAAAACCAGGAUUUUACCCCCACAUCAUUAAUUUGACAGCAAACCCCCAGACUGGGUACAGUCCUGUUAGACUUCUGUAGGAGGCACUGUUGAACACUUCUGUACACACUAACCUCGUAGUGUCAGUCCACAACAGUCAAGUCCUUGAUCAGAGGCUGGGCCGCAACGGAUGGAGGAUUGAACCUGGCCCAAGGCCGGGCUCUGGGACUAGAAAAACUCUCGAAACUCAUCAAAGGCAUACCACUCCUCAUCGCUGAAUGACCCUUACGGGUUCAUCGCUUCACGAAACAUAAUCUACAGUCUGCAACAGUGGAGAAUACAACUACAACUCACGUUUCAAGAGUUUUAAAAAAGUGCACUGGAACCACAGUUUGAAAAAAACAACAGAACUGCUUAAAGUGAAAAAUAAUCAUUGAAUUUAAAUUUUCCAAAUUUAGAAUUAAAAAAGACUGUGUGAAAGUUGAGAGAGGAGACAGGCGUAAACAGGGUGUUGCAGAGUGCGACAGGGUGCGACAGGGUGUAUUAACCCUGGCUGGCACCCCUCCAGUGACCCUUCCCCAGCCGCCACAGGCACCCUCGGGCACCCAUCAACCCGCUACAGCAAGGCAGCACCGUCAGCGCUAGAUGAUGGCAUCCCGGUCAGAUAGUGGCAACGAGACCCGCGGGUCCUCGGAGUCUGACAACUCGCCCACGCCCACGCCCACAAGAGACCUUCAGCAGCACCACGCCCACCACGCCCGCGAGCAGCUCCACGUCCGCGAGCAGCUCCACGCCCGCGAAUUUCACCAGCAACAGCGUCCUAAGCCCCUACACAUCCCAUCCAAUACUCGCGUGCUGGUGACACCUGGGCAAGUGUCGUCACGUCAGGUGAACUGUAGCGUGCGCUGUGCAUUGCCCCUUACAAGCACCACCUCCACCACCAAAACCACCUGCCUGACCUCACAGUCCACCCGAUCAACCAUCAUCUUAGCCUCCGCUACUCGAACCACGCCCACUCCUGCUCAAAGAACCACUCCCACAGCCACUCCCUCGCAAAGAACCACGCCCACGGCCACUUCCUCGCAAAGAACUACGCCCAUAGCGCGUCCAGCGCUUCCCACAAGACUAACUCCGUCUUCUGUAAGACUUACCCCAACACACACUCAGCGCCCACCUCCACUAAGACCCCUGCCCAGAAGGCCACCGUCUUCAGGCAUGGGGUCUGCUGGGUCAGUACACGCUGGGGCUGGGUUAGGAGCCCUCAGCUCCUCCAGAGGACGCCAAAGGAACAGUGUCGCUGUGGUCGAUUCCCGUGACCACAUCUACGAGGAACUGGAACUGUGUCGAGGACCACCCAAACUGGCCCCCGUGUCUGGAGUACUACCUCAGGGCAAGGUGGUCAUCCGGCCCAUAGCCUUCAAACCAGUGGCUUCUGCUGGGGUGCAGGGGGGCGUUGCCCCCCAGGGUGGGUGCGGGGGGAGUCUGACGGGGUCCUCUGGAGGAUUUCUACUUCACUCCACCAGCACGCCCCCAGCACGCCCCCCUGACCCACGGUACACCUCCACGCCCACACUGGCACGAGGAGGCAUUCACCACUAUGGCAGUAUGGGUGACCUCAAGACUAUGAGCAACAACAGCUGCUCCCUUGACCGUCGUGGUCUGGUCACGCCACUCUCUGCAUCAACUUGCUACGAUCAUCACACCAAUGAAAACAACAACAAAUACAACAGUCUCACCAAGCUUCACAAUAGUAAAAACACUUCCAUGAACAACAAGAACAGUUUGAACAAUAACAAUAACAGCAUUAGCAGCACCAGUAGCAGUAGUAGUAAUAGUAAUAAAUCACCACCAUCCUACCCUCCACCUCCACCACGUCCACCCUCACAUCAGUCCACUUGUAGUAAUAUUGAGGAUGGUCAGCCUCACAUGAGGUUUGCUCAAGAAAACAGACUUGCAGGCAGCUACGACAAUUCUUAUGACAACAGACUCUCUAGCACGUACGACAACGCGGCCACUUACAUACGUGUCAACGGGUACUCAAACAGCGACCUCCCUCGCUACGACAGUCUGAAAAAUCUCUCUAGUGACUCUGGUCACUCGUAUGCUCACCAUCACCACCACCACAACCACCAUCACCACCACCAGCCAGUGACCAAUGGUCUACACCAGCGGAUGGGCGGCUCGGUUACAAACCUCACUCGCAUCAGCAAUACGCACCACUCUGGGUCCGUCCAAGGACUCGACCGAUCGGGCUCGAACGUCGGAUUGGACAGAUCUGCUUCAGUGACCGGCUCCAACCUUGACAGAUCGGGCUCUGUUAGUGGGUCGAAUCUAGGUCUGGAUAGAUCGUUGUCAGUUACAGGGUCCAACUUGGGUUUAGACCGAACCAUAUGCGGCUCAGUAGCAGGGUCAAUCAGUGAACUCACGCUUGACGAACACCACCAGACACCCUCGCCCUCAGACUCUGGAGUGGCGGAGCUGGAGGCCAUGUUGAAGGAGAAGGACUCUGAGAUCAACACUCUUCGGGAGACUAUGGAGCAGAACGAGCAGGUGAUAUUCAAGGUGUACGAGGAGAAGGAGCGGACGUGGGAGAGAGAACUGAAGAAGAUUCGGGAUCUGUACGACUCUCGUCUGAAGGGAGCCCAGCAGAAGGCCUUGAAGGUGGAACAGUCAUUAACCACACAGACAUAUCAGCUGCAGCAGGAGCGUCGGAAGCUGCUAGCAGAGCUAGAGGAGGUGCGAAGAGAUCGUGACAGCCAUCACAGCCAGACAGAACAACUAAGACGUGAGCUGAGUUCUCUCCGCACUCAACUUGAGGAGACUGAGUGGAGCCUUUGCCAGAAAUCAGGUGAAAUUUCUCUGCUAAAGACUCAACUGAAAGAUUCCCAAGGUGACCAGACAACACGAGGACAUGAGCUCCUCCACUUGCGUGCACAAGUUCGCCAAUACCAAACAGAAGUUGAAAGACGUCGUGCAGAGAUUAAUUCCUUGCAUGAAGUGAUGGGUCAACAGCGUCGGGAAUCUGGUGACCUCCGUUUGCAGUUGGACCAAGCUCAGCAGCAACAGUCUCAGGCACGGGCACAUGACCAAGAUAUUGGCCUUCAAAUGGACAAACUGAAGACCGAAAUGGAAACAAUGAAGAAAGACAGUGAGCUGCAAAGACAACAGUUUGAGGAGGAACGUUUAAGGUGGACAGAGGAGAAAGAGAGAGUCAUACGUUAUCAGAAACAGCUACAUCACAACUAUGUUGCCAUGUUUGGGCGUAAUCGUCAGUUGGAAGAGGAGGUGGCAAGACUGACAGGAGUGCCCCUUCCUCCCAUGAAGAAUCUCAGUCCUCCAAAACUACCCACCGUGUAUGCAGACAUCCGAGAUGCCCCUUCGAUGCCACAAAUUUCUAGUGAAUCUCGGUGCUGAUGUGGGCCACUAUAAAAUUUGGCUAUGGUGGUAUACUGGUCAUGUGUACAGUAAUGAAGAAAGUGAAAUUGUACAGUUUUAGAGUAAUACCUCAGUGUUAAAGAAAGGAUCUGUAUACUGUACUUGGUAAACAGUAUGGCAGGAAUGGGAUUACAUUGAUAAUAACCACUGAUAUAAUAAAUAAAUUUCAUAUAUAUUCUGUAUCCAGUGUUUGCAGCACUUAGCACAGAUUUAGCUUUUUAUAAUAUGGAAAAUAAGUGUUUGUGUAUUAAGUGUAUUUUUUUAUUCUCUGGGAAAUGGUAUUGCAUAUAAACUUUGUUUUUUUAUAGCCUACUGUACAUUAUGUAUUGAAGAAUGUUAAGUAGGUAUGUACAGAACUUAUCCCAGCACAGAUUUCCAGAGUAAUAGUAGCUGGUAAUCAGAGGUCUUAAAAACAAGAUGUUAUCCCCAUCAUACUCUGCCUUGUGUACCUUGAUGCCUCAGGAUGUGUGCAUGUAUCAGAUCAUGUAAACUCUUUCUCAGUAUAUAAUAUACAUACAUAUAUACAUAUACAUAUGCAUAUACAUACAUACAUAUAGAUGCAUAUACAUCAAUAAUAACAUUGCGACUAGGGGGACUGAACCUGUGUUGUUUUAGCCUGCCUCAUGGUGAGUGAAAAUCCAUGAUUCUCUAACCCACUGGACUAUCCAACAACAGGAUUGGAUGGUCCAGUGAGUUAGAACAUUGUGAAUUUUCGCUCACCAUGAGGUGGGCUAAAACAACACGGGUUCAAUUCCCUGACUAGUUGCAGUGUUGUUAUUGAUUAAAUACCACUCGUUCGUGGUCACAAUAAUACAUACAUAUAUACACACAUGCAUAUGCUCACACUCACACUCUCUAUACUUUUUCUAUCUUCCAUCAUAUUAAAUCAAUUAAGCCAGAUUUCCUUUAAUGAUUAUAUUUUGUAGAAUAAAGCUUGGUCAGAAAUCUUAAUUCCAUUUUGAUUUAUGAUGAGUUUUGUUUAUUAAGAUGAAUGUAAGUUUUUGUACAGAAAUUUUUAAAUGAAUAUUAUUUUUUUUUUUUUUUAGCUAGGAAUAUACAGUUUGUUUUAGUUUCUAGCCAAAGGUUAUGUUUAGCAUAAAUGUUACCCCUCAGUGUUUAGGAACAACAUUACUUUUCUAUUAAUAAGAAAAAUGUUACUCCAUUAUGUUUAAGAACAUAGUUAAGGAUUAUAUAUCUUCAGUCACAGCUAUCCGGUUUUAUUUUCUAGCAUAGAUUUUAAUACUAAAUGAUUAUUUAUAUAUGACAUGUAUAUACGAGUGUACCAUAAUUUAAUGGGCCUUUUAGGGGUUAGAUACUUCUUUAAAAGGUUAUGUAUUAAGUUUGCAUCUUAGUCUGAAGUUCCUUCAUUAGUCAUACAAGACUUUUAAGAAGUUCAUUUGGUGGUAAGCUAGCAAUGAUAUCUGAAUUAUUAUUAUUUGCUUUCCUGGACAGUAGCUGAGCCCGUGUGGGUCAUACAGCACCUGGAUAAAAGGAAUUUAUCAGGUUUUAUCCUGGGAUAAGGAGGGCUAUUAAUUCCUUGGAACAAGAGCCUUUUACUGGUAUCAAUCCUUACCCUGCCUCCUUCACUUCCUUAGAAGGGUAAAGAUGUCUGAAUUAUUUUUAAUCUAAACAUAAAAACCAAGAGUUUUUAAGUGAAAAUUUAUUAGGCAGUCUUUGUUGUCUUGCCAAGUUUCACCAGUGAAUCUCUACAUAUAUUUUAUUACAUCUUUCAUGUCUCGAAAUGUAUAUUAAAAUGCUUCUUCAUUUUAUAUCAUAUGUAAACUUCAACACUCACAUAAGUGGAAACAUGAUUUGAAAUGUUUUCAUUGCCUUUUUAUCAUAUCUGUAUUUCAACACUCGCCAUUAAUGGAAACGAGUCAUAUAUUAUUUUUUCUCAUGUACAUAUCAGCCAGGGUGAAUUUCUUGUCAUUACUAUUUUCCUUUAUAUGUUUAUUUCCCAUUACAAAAUGUUGCAUUUGUUGUACAUGUGAAUUUUAACCACAAGGAUUGACCAUACUACUGGAGAAAAGUAAGGUAACCAUCAGCUAUACAUUAGACUUGAGUCAAUGAUAUAACACUAUAUACUAUUAGUGUUUUUGUGUCUUUGACUAAAUUACCAGCAUGCGAGACCUCGCCACUAGUUUCAUGGUUGUUGAUAACCUGGAUGUGACAUUCUAUAACUACUAAAUGGUAUGUUUACAUAUAUGCAUAUAUCAAAUUUUAUUUUGAUGUACUGUCUCCAGGUUUUAUUAAUACUGAAAAAUUGUAAAAUUGAAAUUCCUCCGCUCUCUCAGUUAUAAUAAACUAAUGGUCUGAGAGAAGUGUGAAGGAGUUUGAACAAAUAAAUAAGAAAUAUACAAAA